GAAAAUCGUAUCUGCCAAUAUUUGUUGUCUUGCGAGGUUCGAUUAAACGAAGCGAAGAAAGGCGACGCACAAUCAUCAGCGUUCGGAGGAAACUCGGAAAUUGGAACUUGUAACCUUCAUAUUCGGCCAUCUUCACAGGUACUAGCUGUGCGAUACAAAUCAGUGAAGAAAAAGAUCGAGAGGGUCAUUGACAUAAUCCUUUAAAAAUGUAUUACAGAGGUAAAUUUGCUGAUGGUGGUGAUGGACGUGAAAUGGCUGCAAAACGUCAACGAAUUGUUGACCCAGGAUCAUCGUUCUAUGGGACUUCUCCUGGUUCCAGUUUCAUGUACAAUCCACCUCCAUAUGGUUAUGUCAACCAACCUCCUUUUCCUGUUGUUCGUCUGCGUGGCCUCCCCUUCGACUGCACCGAAGCUGAUGUUGCUGAGUUCUUCCAUGGUCUAGAUAUAGUUGAUGUCCUCUUUGUUCACAAAGGUGGCAAGUUCACUGGGGAGGGCUUCUGUGUUCUUGCAUACCCUUUCCAAGUUGACUUUGCUCUUCAGAGAAACCGGCAGAACAUGGGGAGAAGAUACGUGGAGGUUUUCAGAAGCAAGAGGCAGGAAUACUACAAGGCAAUCGCAAAUGAGGUUUCGGAUGCUCGUGGUGGUAUUGGCGGUGGUGGUGGUUCACCACGUCGAAGUGCUUCUAGGGCUAAAUCCUACGAUGAAGGAAAAGAUUCAGCUGAGCAUACUGGCGUGUUGCGGUUGAGAGGAUUGCCAUUUUCUGCCACCAAGGAUGACAUAAUGGAAUUCUUUAAGGAUUUUGUUGUGUCAGAGGAUUGUAUUCACAUUGUGAUGAACUCAGAGGGUAGACCUUCUGGGGAAGCUUAUGUGGAAUUUGCGAGUGCUGAAGAUUCAAAGGCAGCAAUGGCGAAGGACAGAAUGACACUGGGCAGUCGCUACAUUGAGUUGUUUCCUUCAUCACAGAGUGAGAUGGAUGAAGCAGUUUCAAGAGGGCGGUGAUUCCUUAGCAUGCCUUUCCACUCAUAUGCCAUUCACUAGUUGUUAUCUUAUUAUUGUUAAUUAAAUCUUAUAAUUAAUCUUUAAUUGAGAAUUUUGCUGUAGCUUUAAUUUUUACCAGUGAGGGAUAUGCCGUAUUGUUGUAUUAGAAUAAUAUGCUUUUUAUGCUCUUUGUGAAAAAUGAACGUUUGCCUGCUUUGAACUCAGAUUGUUUCUGGACUUCCAUUUUUC